CUAAUAGUAUCGAUAUCUAUGCAGUAUCGUGUAUCGAGACUAGUUCUUCUGACUUGUGAGGAAGAAAAAGCUCGUCUGUCAGUCAGUCAGUCAAGACAAGCAUGGUAAACAUGGGGAAACGAAAACGCACAGCACAGGAUACAAAUGAAGCGAAAACCAAGAAAUCCAAGAAAGAUGUUGUGAUUCCUGCUGUGGUGUCAUCAGACGCCCCUGUAGAACGACAGACCAAAUGGACAAACAAACAAAGAACACUGAUUUUUUCCUCACGUGGCAUCUCGUACAGGACCCGUCACCUCAUGCUAGACUUGAGGAACCUCAUGCCACAUUCAAAAGCAGAACCCAAGAUGGACAGAAAAGACAAGCUGUUUAUCAUAAAUGAGAUCUGUGAGAUGAAGAAUUGCAACAAGUGUUUGUACUUUGAGGGAAAGAAAAAGCAGGAUGUCUAUUUGUGGGCUUCUAAUGUGCCUAAGGGUCCGUCGGCCAAGUUUCUGGUAGAGAACAUUCACACCAUGAGUGAGCUGAAGCUGACCGGGAACUGCCUCAAGGGAUCCCGCCCACUGCUCUCUUUUGACAAGGCUUUUGACUCAGAACCGCACUGGAUGCUGCUCAAGGAGCUUUUCCUUCAGAUUUUUGGCGUCCCCAACCACCACCCAAAGAGUCAGCCAUUCACAGACCAUGUGUUCACCUUCUCCAUACAAGACAACAGAAUCUGGUUCAGAAACUAUCAGAUCCUUGCAGAGGACGGCUCGCUCGCUGAGAUAGGCCCUCGAUUUGUUCUCAACCCCAUCCGAGUGUUUGCUGGUAGCUUUGGCGGUGCUACGCUGUACCAGAACCCACACUAUGUCUCUCCCAAUGAUUACCGGCGAGCCAUGCAGAGGUCAAAGGCCGACAAAUACAGCCAUCGUGUGGAGGCCAAGAUGUCACUCCAGAUGCGCAAACCAGAGGUCACUUACGACCUUGAUCCAACAGACGAAGUUUUUCACAUUAUCACCGAGAAGGACGUGAAGAAAAAGAAAUAAAGUGUUGUACAGAGUUGA